CGUCCGUUCUGCAGGACAUGGCAGGGAAAUUGGCCUCUUCAACAACUUAUAAUUGGGCUCAAGUCGGAAAAGUAGAGACCAAUUGUCUCCAUACAUUACCCGCUCCAAGGUGCAUAGCGAGCAGAGCCGCUUCACGAUACUAUCAAUUGUUGGGUUGCCAUUAUUGAACACACAUGCGCUUGUCAUUGCCUUCCCCUCUCGCAUUGUCGCAUUAUUGUCACAUUACUGUCCACGCGCAUAUUGGGGUUCGACCGUAUCGAUCCAUAGUCGGGUGAGCGAAGGGGUUUUCCUUUUUCUUGCUCAAUAUUGAGUUGAGUUGCAUUAUUAUUGGGGGGAGAGUGGCAUGGUACCUUGGAAGAGGUGACCUCUGGCUCUACCGUACUUGCUUGUCAUGGCGGGGCUGCCCGAUCAAUUGGGUCCAUCACCGAUGACCACCACAACCAUGUCUUCUUCUUCUUCUUCUCCUACUAAUACCACUUCAUCGCGCCGACUACCACCACACCUGGCACACCACCACCAACACCCACAACGCCCACUUAAGACUCAAUCCAAUCCUUCCGCUCGAAGUCGUGACACCUCCAAUUCUUCCUCUUCCACCUCCACCUCCUCCACCUUCUCUUCUUAUUCCUAUUCCUCCUCGGCAUCGUCACCCUACCGUGUGCUCAGCGCCAUUGUCGUAGUAUUGCUAGCCAUCCUCCUCUCCCCCCUCCUGACCCCGCGUCUUCCCAACAUCCUGCACCUCCUCGGGGAACAUAAGCAUUGGCGUGUUACAUCUCCCGCAUUCACACUACGUAACCCCGUCGUCUUCCAUAAAACCCCUCUCGUCGGCCCACAAUCGAGGGCCCAACCCCAAGAACAAGUCGAAUUCACCGGCACCUUCUACACAGACACAGAACGCAGCAUGGCUCUAGCAGAUCAGGCGAAGCGGGUUGCCGCAGAGUUCGACUUCGGUCCGGACGCUGUUCGCAAAUCCGUGAAGGAAUUCAUACGGGAGAUGGAUGAGGGUCUUCAAAAGGAAGGUACCGAACUGAGCCAAAUCCCUACCUACGUCACGGCUGUUCCCAAUGGAACCGAGAAGGGACUCUACAUGGCUGUCGAUCUCGGUGGCACCAAUUUCCGCGUCUGUUCGAUCCAAUUGCAUGGAAAUACCACAUUCUCCCUCACCCAAAGCAAGGUUGCCAUUCCCCAAGAACUCAUGGUUGCGAAGACCUCAAAAGAGCUGUUCUCCUUCCUUGCGAAGCAAAUCGAGUCUUUCCUCAAGGCCCACCAUGAGGACCACUACACAUCUCAUGUCAAGCGCAAGCAGGCUGGGGACCAAGUGAAAGAGGAAGAGAUAUUCGAUUUGGGUUUCACCUUCUCCUUCCCCGUCCACCAGGUUGGAAUUAACAAAGGCCUCCUCAUGCGCUGGACCAAAGGCUUUGACAUCCAGGAGACAGUGGGCCAAGAUGUGUGUGCCCUUCUCCAGGCAGAGAUCGAUGAGCUUCACCUGCCCGUGCGCGUAGCCGCAUUGGUCAAUGACACUGUCGGAACUCUCAUGGCACGCUCCUAUACGUCUCCCGGAAAGACCGGAACUCUAUUGGGUGCCAUCUUCGGCACCGGGACCAAUGGCGCCUACGUCGAGAAGUUGAACAAGGUCACCAAGCUGACCCAAAGCAAGGAUGCUGGUGACUACGACAAGUCCACUGGCGAGAUGAUUGUGAACACAGAAUGGGGCUCGUUCGACAACAGCCUCCGUACGCUUCCAAAUACCCCCUAUGAUGUGGAACUCGAUGCCAAAUCCGUCAACCCGGGAAUCCAGAUGUUCGAGAAGCGAGUGUCUGGCAUGUUCUUGGGCGAGAUCCUCCGUCUUUCGCUCGUCGGCCUACUUAAGGAUCCACAGAUUCCCCUUUUCCGGGACGAGAACUCGGCAACAAACGACAUUCAUAGCACCACACAGGUCCAUGAUAACAGCCCAAUCUGGCAACAGUGGGGCUUCGAUACCAGCCUUCUGAGUAUCUGCGCAGGUGACCAGAGUCCCGGCCUCAGGGUCUUGAGGCAAACACUCGACAAGGACUAUGGCAUUUCUGCCGCAAGCUCCGAGGACGCAGAGGCGGUGCGUGAAAUUGCUGGCGCCAUCGGUCGCCGUGCAGCCCGUCUCUCGGCGGUCGCCAUUGCAGCCAUCGUCCUGAACACCGGUCGUUUGGACUCCUCCUCUGGUGCAGCCACUACCGAGGACAAGGCCGGAAUCGAACCACCUAGGGGCGAUGUCUCUUCCAGUGGCCGUGGAGAGGUUGCGGAGGAAGAUGUCAUUGACGUGGGUGUUGACGGAUCCUUGGUCGAGUUCUAUCCCCGCUUCGAAGAUCAUAUUCGAGAGGCCCUUAGGGAGGUCGAGGAGAUUGGUGAGGCCGGUGAGAAGAGGAUCAGGAUUGGCAUUGCGAAGGACGGGUCUGGUGUCGGAGCCGCCCUGAUCGCACUUGUAGCAGGACGUGUUGCUGCUGCGUGAUCGGCAUGAGCAGGGUGCCCAGAGGGAACGAGUCUCUGCGCAGUUGGCGUUUAGGGUUUUUGAACACACAAAAAGGGGGUUUCUGGAUACGCUGUUGUGCCCACACAGGACAGUUCACCUUUGCUUUCUUGUAGCUUAUUGAUAGCGAUUUGAAUAUGA